AUCUCUGCUUCAAGUCGUCUGGACGUCCAUCUCGAACUGAGAGAGGCUUUGCAAAGCCAUUCCUCCUUUGCGCCGCUUGCGGUUCCCGAGGGAAGAAGAUCACAGAGAGAGACUCGGGUGACUGUUGUCCGGACUUCCAUCUCGCCAAACACUAUCGAAACACUCUCUCUGCAGACAUGGCCGAACAACAGCAACAACUGAAUGGCAAUGUGCCAGAGUCCCAUCACCACCAGAAUGGCAACACCGAGACCACUCCCCUCAUCACGACUGACAAAGAUGCCUCCGCUCCUCCGCAGAGCGCAAAGUCGCCCUCGGCGUCCAAGGAGCUCUAUCCCAUGAGCAAUUGGAAGUACGACACCUUCCUGUGGACCAUGUCCUUCUUGGUCGAUACCUUCUUCCGUGAAGUUCAUCCCCGCGGUUCUUGGAAGGUGCCCCGCAGCGGCCCUGUCCUCUUCGUCGCCGCACCACACGCAAACCAGUUCGUAGACGCCCUUGUACUACAACGCACCCUGCGAAAUGAGGCUAAACGCCGCGUCUCCCUCCUCAUCGCACAAAAGUCCGUCAAGGGCUUCAUCGGCUGGGCCUCUCGCCAGGUCGGUUCCGUCCCUGUCGGCAGACCCCAAGAUUCGGCCAAGCCUGCUGAGGGUACCAUCUAUCUUCCCGACCCCAUCGACGACCCGACCCUCAUCCGCGGCGUCGGCACAAACUUCGAGAAACAAGCUGAAGUGGGCGGCAUAAUCUUCCUCCCCUCCAUCAAGGGUCAGAGCGGCUCCAACGUCGAGAUUGUCGAAAUCCAUGGACCCGAAGAAAUUCGCAUUAAGCGCCCCCUCGGCUCCAAACUCCCCUUGUUCCAACUCACCGGACGCGACGAUAUCGAUGAAAACGGCGAGUUCCAGAACAAGGAGGUGAAGGGAAUCAAGGACGGCUACCAGGGUACAAAGUUCAAGAUCGCACCGCAUAUUGAUCAAACCAAGGUUUAUCAAGCCGUGUUUGAUCGGCUCAAGAAUGGUGGCUGCGUCGGUAUCUUCCCAGAAGGAGGCAGCCACGACCGCAGCGAGCUGCUGCCCCUGAAGGCAGGUGUCGCCAUCAUGGCCCUGGGAACGCUGGCAGAAGCCCCUGACUGCGGCCUCAAAAUCGUGCCGGUUGGCAUGAACUACUUCCACCCUCACAAGUUCCGGUCAAGGGCUGUCCUCGAAUUCGGCGCUCCUUUCGAGGUCCCCAAGGAACUGGUCGAAAUGUACGGCAUUAAGGAUAAGAGACGUGCUGCUAUCUCCAAGGUUCUCGACAUGGUUCAUCAAAGCCUGAGCGCUGUCACUGUUUCGGCCCCGGACUAUGACACCCUGAUGGUCAUUCAAGCGGCAAGACGCCUGUACAACCCCGCGGGCAAGAAGUUGCCUCUGCCUAUCGUGGUAGAGCUAAACCGUCGCCUCGCUCUGGGAUACGACAAGUACAAAGAUGAUCCUCGCAUCGUUGAGCUGCAAGAAUCAGUCACCGAGUACAACAAACAGCUUCGAUACCUGAAUAUCCGCGACCACCAGGUACAGUACGCAAAGUUGUCGUGGCCCAAGGUUGUCGUCACUUUCUUUUACCGUGUCGCCAAGCUCCUGGUGUUGUCAGCGGGUGUGCUCCCAGGCUUGAUCCUCUUUGCCCCUGUCUUUAUUGCUACCAAGCGCAUCAGUCACCAGAAGGCCAAGGAGGCGCUUGCCGGGUCGACGGUCAAAAUCCAAGGCAAGGACGUCAUUGCAACCUGGAAGAUGCUUGUCGCUAUGGCUGUUGCACCCAUCUUGUAUAAUUUAUACACAUGUUUGCUAGCCUACAUGGUGGGCAAGCACCGCCUCUGGGGCUAUGCGCCCGACUGGGUUCCUAUCUGGCUCGUCUACUUCUUCGGAUGGGUCUUCUUCCCUGCCAUUACUUUUGCUGCUCUGCGUUUCGGUGAGGUCGGGAUGGACAUUCUCAAAUCCCUACGCCCACUUGCGCUGUGCAUCAACCCGACAUCGAGUUACAGUCUUCAGAGUCUCAAGCAAAGGCGAGAAGAACUCAGUGCACAGGUUACGCACCUCAUCAACACCCUCGGACCCGAGAUGUUCCCAGACUUUGAACACACUCGUCUCGUUGCCGCCGACGGCUCAUCUCGCAUUCGCGCCGACGGCACCGUUUCGCCGAGCCAGCCGUUUAAGAGACGGGACAGCGGCGUCUCCUCGCCCAACAUGUCCACCCCCGGCAUCUCCACGCCCGGCACCGAGAGCCCCCCCGGUCUUAGAAGAACCGGUACCACGUCGUCCAGUCGCAACAUUCCACGUAACGAGUCGUUUAGCAACAUCGGACAGGUGCCCAUGUUCGCUACCCGACCACCUAGUCGAAGCCGCAGCCGCAGCAGCAGCGCAGGCGGCGGUGGCGGUAACGUUCAGUUCGGCGGGCCACUUGACAAAUUCCCGAACCUCAACACGGAAGAGGGCUUCAACGAGGCGAGCAAGAAGAUUCGCGAGGCAAUGCGUGAAAGAGGCGAGAUGAGGAGGAGGAAGAGCCAGGGUAAGGUGUAUACCCUCAGUGAUCAGUCGGUAGAUGAAGAGGUGGAGGACGAGGCGUCGACGGGAAGUUCUGUGGAUGAGGACGGAAAGAAGCACCUGUGAGAAGCAGGGGCUCGGACCGGAGCAAGAGAUCAGAUCAUUUCUAAAAAUUACCGUUGCGGAUAUCGCUACCACUAUAUGUGACACCCC